AUUUCUUCCUUCGGACAAGGUUGAACUGCAAAUUUUCAAUUCCGGUCAAAACUUAAAAAAAAAUUUACCUAAAAGCUAAAAUACAUAACAAAGUAAAAUUUAUAAUUCUAUUCUUCAUGCAAUUAAUAUUAAAUAAAAACUAUAUAUUCAAUUGUAAAAUAACACAAAUCUAAACCGCUUUUUAAACGCGCACCACAAAGAAAAAAGUGUUAUUUUUUUUCCAAGUGAAAAAAAAAAAACAAUAAAGUGAAGAAGAAUUUCUAGAAUACAAAAGCUGCACCGGGAGAAAAAUUAUUAAAUUUAAUAAAAAUAACAUUCAUUUGAAUAAUUAUAAAUAAUUUUCAAGAAAAAAAAAAAAAAAAAAAACAUAAGGAAGCUAUCAAAUAUUGACCAAUAAUGGUGGAUAGAUGUUUCGUAAUUUUCCAUUCAUUGACUUUUUUGUUGUAGAGUGUGACUAGAGAAAGAAGUAAAGUAGAAAAAAAAACCACCACCACAACUACACUAAACCACUUACAUCAAAAAUUUUUGACGCGUUAGAAGACAUCGAUUUUCUCUCCCAAAAAAAACUUUUCACUCAAUCAUCUUGAUUUCCUCGCUCAAUUUGUGAACAAUAAAGGUCACAUAGCAGAAAUUUUUUUUUUUUAAAAGUUAAAAAAAAAAAGGAUUUCAAAAAUGCAAUCCCAACAACAGCAUAAUCUUAACCAUGCCCAACAGCAGCAGCAACAACAGCAGCAGCAAUCUCAGCAAACUCAGCAGCUCCUUCAGCAGCAACAACAACAGCAGGCUGCCGUAGCUGCAGCAGCAGCAGCCGCCGCCAAUAAUGCAAGUUCAGCCAAAUUGAAUGACAAUCAGCCAUUGUCUUCAGUCGUUUUGUCAAAACGGUACUUCCAACCACGUCUACUAGAACUGGCCCACCGAGAAUAUCAAGCUGUUGAUUAUGAGAAUGCAGAAAAACAUUGUAUGCAACUGUGGAGACAAGACAGCACUAAUACAGGAGUUCUGUUGCUACUUUCGUCCAUACAUUUUCAAUGUCGACGAUUAGAUAAAUCAGCUCAAUUUUCAACUUUGGCCAUAAAACAAAAUCCACUUUUAGCUGAAGCUUAUAGUAAUCUCGGUAACGUCUAUAAAGAACGUGGACAACUUCAAGAAGCUCUUGACAAUUAUCGCCGCGCUGUACGAUUGAAGCCUGACUUCAUUGAUGGUUAUAUUAAUUUGGCUGCUGCUUUAGUUGCCGCACGAGAUAUGGAAUCUGCGGUUCAAGCAUAUGUCACAGCGUUACAAUACAAUCCAGAUUUGUAUUGUGUUCGCAGUGACUUAGGAAAUUUAUUAAAAGCACUUGGUAGACUAGAAGAGGCAAAGGCAUGCUAUUUGAAAGCAAUUGAAACAUGUCCUGGCUUUGCUGUCGCAUGGAGUAAUCUUGGUUGUGUCUUCAAUGCACAAGGAGAAAUCUGGCUUGCUAUACAUCAUUUCGAGAAAGCUGUCACUUUGGAUCCAAAUUUUUUGGAUGCAUAUAUCAAUUUGGGAAAUGUCCUUAAGGAGGCGAGAAUAUUUGAUCGAGCUGUUGCCGCCUACCUCCGUGCCCUAAACCUAUCGCCUAACAAUGCUGUCGUCCAUGGUAAUCUUGCUUGUGUUUACUAUGAGCAAGGACUCAUCGAUUUGGCCAUUGACACUUACCGGCGAGCAAUCGAAUUGCAGCCCAACUUCCCAGACGCCUACUGCAAUUUGGCUAAUGCUCUCAAAGAAAAGGGACAGGUGAAAGAAGCUGAAGAAUGUUACAAUACGGCUCUUCGCCUGUGUCCCAGUCAUGCGGACUCUCUCAACAAUUUGGCAAACAUUAAACGUGAACAAGGUUAUAUCGAAGAAGCCACACGUCUGUAUUUGAAAGCAUUGGAAGUCUUCCCAGAAUUCGCUGCUGCACAUUCCAACUUGGCAUCAGUAUUGCAACAACAAGGAAAACUAAACGAGGCACUAAUGCAUUACAAGGAAGCGAUUCGCAUUCAGCCAACAUUCGCCGAUGCUUACUCAAACAUGGGUAAUACCUUGAAGGAGUUACAGGAUGUCGCCGGGGCACUUCAAUGCUACACCCGAGCCAUACAAAUAAAUCCGGCCUUCGCUGAUGCUCAUAGUAAUUUGGCCAGCAUUCAUAAGGACUCUGGCAAUAUCCCGGACGCCAUUCAAUCGUAUCGUACGGCACUCAAGCUCAAACCUGACUUCCCUGAUGCAUACUGUAAUCUGGCACAUUGCCUACAAAUUGUAUGCGACUGGACAGACUAUGAGGCUCGCAUGAAAAAAUUGGUUAGCAUUGUUGCUGAACAGCUGGAGAAAAAUCGUUUGCCAUCAGUUCAUCCACAUCAUUCGAUGCUCUAUCCACUGACACAUGAAUUCCGUAAAGCAAUUGCAGCCAGACACGCUAACUUGUGCCUUGAAAAGGUCCAUGUGCUGCACAAACCCCCUUAUAAAUUUUCCCGGGAGUUCCAUGGUCGCCUUAAAGUUGGCUAUGUGAGCAGUGACUUUGGCAAUCAUCCAACUUCCCAUUUAAUGCAAUCGGUUCCCGGCCUGCAUGAUCGAUUGCGCGUUGAGAUCUUCUGCUAUGCCCUCAGUCCAGAUGACGGAACCACAUUCCGCGGUAAGAUCUUGAGCGAAGCAGAACAUUUCGUUGAUUUAUCCCUGAUCACAUGCAAUGGCAAGGCCGCAGACCGAAUUUAUGCCGAUGGAAUUCAUAUUUUGGUCAACAUGAACGGAUACACCAAGGGUGCUCGCAAUGAAAUCUUUGCCCUACGCCCGGCUCCAGUGCAAGUUAUGUGGCUGGGAUAUCCGGGCACAAGUGGUGCUUCGUUCAUGGACUACAUUAUCACAGACUCAGUGACCAGCCCAAUGAAGCUGGCUGGUCAAUAUAGUGAAAAGUUGGCCUACAUGCCGUACACAUAUUUCAUUGGUGACCACAAACAAAUGUUCCCCCAUUUGAAAGAGCGACUUAUUGUUAGCGAUAUGCAGGGUGGAUCUGGUGCUGGAAUCGCUGACAACGUUGCCGUUAUUAAUGCAACCGAUUUGUCUCCCUUGGUCGAGAAUACUGAUGUCAAGGAAAUUCGUGAAGUGAUCAAUGCACAAAAACCAAUGGAAAUUUCUUUGAAAGUAGCUGAACUACCAAAUACUACACAAAUUGUUUCGAUGAUUGCCCAAGGUCAAGUGCAGACAUCACUGAAUGGAGUUGUUGUGCAGAACGGACUGGCCACAACACAGACAAAUAAUAAAGCAGCAACCGGUGAGGAAGUACCACAGAAUAUUGUUAUAACAACCAGACGCCAGUACCUCCUGCCUGACGAGGCCAUUGUUUAUUGUAAUUUUAAUCAGCUGUAUAAGAUCGAUCCAUUGACAUUGCAAUCGUGGGUUUAUGUGCUGAAACAUGUGCCAAAUUCAGUGUUGUGGCUGUUACGUUUCCCAGCAGUUGGAGAACAAAAUAUCAAAAAAACAGUCGAAGAACAAGGAGUAUCAUCUGAUCGAGUAAUUUUCUCAAAUGUAGCAGCUAAAGAAGAACAUGUUCGACGCGGUCAAUUGGCUGAUGUUUGCUUAGACACACCACUCUGCAAUGGUCACACAACAUCUAUGGAUGUCCUUUGGACGGGAACACCAGUCGUGACACUUCCCGGAGAAACACUGGCUUCAAGAGUUGCUGCAUCCCAAUUAGCAACACUCGGUUGUCCUGAAUUAAUUGCUCGCACUCGUCAAGAAUAUCAAGAAAUUGCAAUCCGUCUUGGUACCGAUCGAGAAUAUCUAAAGACAAUGCGUGCCAAAGUGUGGGAGGCGCGUGUGGAGAGUCCGUUGUUCGAUUGCUCGCAAUAUGCGAAAGGUUUAGAGAUGCUUUUCUCACGGAUGUGGGAUCGUUUUUCAAUUGGCGAAGAGCCCGAUCAUAUUUCUGCCAUUGAUAAUAAAUAAAUCAACAAAAAUUUAAAAAAAAAAACUAAUUCUGACUCACAAAACAGUGCGACAUACAAAAAAAAAAAGUUAAUUGUUAAAUUAUUCACGACUUCCCGUUCCAUAAUUAAAAAAAAAAAAAACAAAAAUUACCAUUAUGCA